UGCGAAGUUUGUGUAAACAGUAAAGAAGAUUGUGCAAACUUUCAAGGGAUUAACGUGCCUUAUUGAAGUGCUAAAAGAAUUCUCUACUCAAGCGCGCGUGGCUUUUCAUUUGCCGGUUGCCAAGGUGAUAUUUGGCAACUGACGUGAUAAAAGUGUCCGGCUCGCGCGGGUGUUCAACACGCGCUUCUCAAAAGCGCCAGUUGACUGGGGUAACUUCAAAGAAAACUCUUCAUUCUAAAAAUAUUUGGAUCUUAAGCUACUAGAUACCAAUUUACGGAGCUGGCUGAUGCUUUAUGAAGACUCUACAUGCUCUUAGAGGAAAAAUUUUCGAUUGCUUUUGCACGCUUUGGUGCCUUGUAAAGCUCAAAGAGUUUACAUACUGAAGAUGGAGGAAUGAACGGCCCUCCUUCUGAAAGAAAGUAAGCAGCUCCCAAAUUGUAACUUCUGCUUUGUUUGACCGAAUAUUAUUUUCAUUUCAAGCUGUUUUCGUUGAGUAAAUAUUUUAGGUUCUUGUGGUCUUUGUUUACACUUUGCGCACCGUGAGUGACGAGAUACCACAUAAUGAAAUGUCGAAGCUUUGUACUUGGGACAAUAACAUGGUAUUUUAUAUCUUUUCAGGGCAUCGAUGGGGAAAGAAGAGCGAUCAAAAGACAGAAAACAGCACCUGCUUCCUUUCUUGAAGCAAACAAGAUCGAAGAAAUCCAUAAACCUUGCACAGGUAAUAAUCUUGACAGCUUAACGAUUACAGCUUUCCAAGUUGCAGUGUGGUUGCGGUCUUAGCAGUUUCAAGCCCAGAUAGGUUUCCCAAUCGUGUCUGAUUCGAACUAUAACCUCGUCGCAACCAUUUGGUAGCUUAAAACUACGUUAUGUUUUGGAGUUAAAUGCAGAUUCUUGGAUGAUUUACGUAAUUCAGCCGGUUAAAUUCAAUAACACGUGUGUAAUACACAACGUCCAGCCGUGUCGAUUUCAGUUCAGACAAUCUCGACGAUAGACUGUGAAAGACUGUAAUUCUUCUCAAAUCAAUUGUAGCGCUCCAAUUUAAACUGGAAAAACCGUGAUAUCGGCCUUAAAAUUACAAAGAAAUUACUGACAAUUAAUCGAUCCUUAUUGUUUCAUCAUCGGAAAUCUGAUACCAUCGAAAUAUGGAAUAGGUUCAGGUUUGACGGGGGAAAUUUUCAUGCGCAGGAACGUGGUAGUUUCUAUCAUAUACGACGUCGUAAUUGAGGAUACGGAUUUGAAAGAGCAAAUGAAGGUUGAAGAAUCGAUAACAAACAAUGCCUCUUUUUCUCACUUUUCACGGUUGCACAACUUCAUUUUGAUCUAAUCAGGGAAAAUAUUUUUUUUCCAGUUGCGCGCAUAUGCAUGUUUGCAUAAUUUCUUGUGGUGGUCACCGUUUUUAAAUACGUCACAAGCACUUGAUGCUUCAUUUAAUAACAUAAAAUUGUUAUUUGAAAUUCGAACCCUUCUUAUCUAUCACUUUUUAAAUUAAUUUUUUAUUUGAACAGCAUUAAUUUCCUCCUUAAGAAAAGAAAUGGUGCAGAUAAUCUAUAAAAACAGGGAAAAACUUUUUCUCGGUUGAAAAUCAUUAAGUUGAUUUAAUUCAUACACUGUUACAGUAGCUUUAUCAAUUUUUCUCAAGCCUAGAAAAAAAGUUAUGAUGAUUAAUGAAAUCUGAUUUCUUGCUCAAAACAAAUUAAAGGAUUUCAGUUUUAUUGCUGCGAAAAACAACCAGCACAAAGUUAUGUUUCAUUUAGUAAAUAAUACUUUCUGUAUAUUUGACAUUUUCCCACACUGGUACAGAAAAUACUUAAGUACAAUCUCAGAACUACUGAUAACUGAAAGUAUGGUUAGAAGACCAACAUGUUUGGCACAAAGAGUUAAAUUUUUCUUAGAUUACAAAUCCUCUUUUUUUGCUGUCUAAGGAUCAUUAACAUAAACUUUCAACUGGCAUUAACUUUCUUAGCGUGGUCACAGCCUUAAGAUUUUUUUAAAACCUGAGAGCUCAAUCACACAUAAAUUUUUGGGCACAUGUGUAGACAAUUUGAAAACGAUUUGAGCUGUUAGUCUCCUCUUUGAAUGAUAGAUUCUUAUAUGUCUUUGUUUUGACUUUUGGUAAUCCUUUUUGUUGUUUUUUAUUAAUCCUUUGUUCUUUGACGGGGUUUAAAUUCAUUGCAAAGUAUUGUUAUCAUUGGUAUUGAAUGCUAGAGUUGUCUCUAUUAGAUAAUGAUCAAAGGCUGGUCACUAAGCAACAAAAAUAAUAAAUGUUUAUUGGUUCCCAGUUGAUGUAGUUAUAAACCUCUGCUGUAUAAACAAAAAUGCACCAGAGAUGAGCCUUUUGUGAUAUACAAAAGUCUCGAUCAAUAUUAUUGUUGAAGUGGAAAGAUAAUAUCUACAUUUUCUAUCCAGGCAUUGAUAGAUGCACGAGUUUGAAUUUAACUCUUUAAUCCCUGAGAGUGAUCAGCAUCUAAUUUCUCCCUUCAAUAUCACCCAUAAAUCAAACAUUAAGGCCAUGGGAAUAAAGGAAAUGACAAUUAACUGAAGAACCUCUUGAUUGUGAAACAAAUUCUCCUUGCUAGCACAUUAGGAAAUGUAUAAAGACCAGUAUGAAGAAUAUGCAUAUUGAUGUUAGGGUGUAAAGGGUUAAGAGACAUCCAAUGAAAGCUCUUGAACAAGUAGUUAAAACUUCAAUUAAAGCAUCAAAUUAUUGUAUUUUUCAUUAGACUGCCAUAUUUUUACUCAAGUGCAUCCCAAAUUAUUUUCUUAUUUAUUUACUCAAAUGACAAAACUAACUUUUUAAUAUUUCAGUAAUAAACAAUGUCUGAUGAAUUCAUCAUGGUAUGAUUUUGUUUUACAUCAAUUGGUUCAUUUUAAGGAAGUUUGAAUUAAAUUGUUGAAAAGAAAUUAAUGCCAAUGCAUCUCAACCCAAUUACAAGUAAAAUGAAAACAAUGUUUCAUCAGCUUCUUUAUUAAAAUUUUCCUAUUGAUCUGUGUUCUUUAGUACAGCUGACAUUCACUUUUGUUAUGAAAUUACACCCACCUGCAGUUUGAUAGACUGUGUCAUGAGAUGAACAAAUAUCUGUGGGUGGAAUUGUCACAGACUUUAGUGAAUGUUGUUAACAUAAGAGGCAAAAUUGGAAUUAUAUAUUACCUCUGUAAUGCACUGUCUUAGUUUUCUCUAAAGUUUUUUUUCUAAACUAAAUAAAUAUAGUUUGCAAACUGCCAUUGACAAUGUACCAAUUAAAAUGGCUAUACAAAUUCUAGUGCUUGUGUUUAAUUUUGAGCCAUUAUUUUAAUUUUAAAUUGUGAAACCUGAACACAAUGAGAUGUGAAAGUGAAAUUUCCAUUAAGAUUCUUAUGAAUUGUUUAUGAGGUUCAGUGUUUUUGAAAAAUAAAAUCUAACAAAAUUUGCAAACAGCUUUUUAAAAAGGCUUUUCUAAUCCAGAAAUAAUAUCAUGGGGUCGGCAGUAAUUCUUAAGCGCAGAACUUAUCAGAGUUCAUCCGACGGAAUCAGUAGUAGAAGUGAUAGCAGUGUGGUGAGUUUUUUAAUUAAGAAGUUUUACUUUGAAAGUUUGCUUUAGCUUUCAUAUACUUAAUGCUUUUCAUUACCAGACAAAGAGAAACAUUUCUUUAACAUUCAACACAGGUUCCCAGAAAAUAGAGAAAGUGAAUUGAAUUUAUAAGUUUCAGGGGGAAAAAAACUUACUUAACUAUACAUUGGAUGGUAUUUUUUAAAAUAAAUGUUGAUGGUUGACAAAGACCAUUUUAGAAAUUCAAGCUGCUUUUGCAAAAAUUUCAAACAAAAAUUUCAUAAAAUUGAAACAAGAUUUUAUAUUCAAUACUUGUAAUUGUGCUGUAUUUUUUUUAAAAGUAUAUAAUGGUGUUGAAAUGAAGAGGAGUUUUUACUUAACAUUAUGACCAACCCAGAAGUGUAAAAUUUUUUUUUUUUCCAGAUGGUAGUGAACUACAUAUUCCCAUAUCCACAUAUAUGCCUUUGCAUUCAAUUUUAGAAUGUUUUGCCUGAAGAGAUUAGAAGAGCAUUUACUCCAUUCACAGAAAGUGCUUAAAAUUGUUAAUUGGUUUGUACAAAAUGCACAGGUCUGCUGGUUGAGUUACAGAUAUAGAAAGUUUGAAUGACUGCAAAUGUAUUUCUAUAAGCUAGUUGGAAGUAAUCGCUUGUGGUGGGGCUUAAAAGAGCAACUCAUUCUAAAGAUCUUAAUUUAAAUUCUCUACACUGUUUUGUUAUACAAUUCCUGUAUCUUUAGCUCUGAGAAUUUGGUGUGAAAUCAAAAUGUAUUUGCUUAUUGAUAUGCUUUUUUAUAAAAUAAUUCAAAUAGUAUGUGUGCUCUGAUUGGCCAUAAAACUAUUUUACAUGAGCAUAUGUAAACACGGUUUUCAUUCCUCUUUCAUUAGUUAUUUUAUAAAAGAAAUGUAAAAUGGUUUCUGUGUUUACAUAACCUGAUGUAAACACUUGGGAGGUUGGGAGAACACUCGAUAAGCUGGAAACCACUCCGCUUUGCUUCAAUUGUAUUAUUUCUCAGUGCACUGACAAGCCUUUAAGUGAGUUUUUAUGCCAAGAAAAUAAAGUGACAAUUAAGAGAGAUACCUUGUGAUACACCAGGAGAAAGUGUUGAAUGACUCAUUUAUACCAUCCAAAAUAAUUUAACACAAUAAUUGCACUAUACAAACAAUAAUUGUAGUUGCUUCAUGCUACAGAAGCCAGCAUGACUUAGCUGCAGCAUGCAGUGUAGGUCAGGUGACUCCAGUUCUAACUUAACCUCACUUUGAUGACUUUCAGAGUCCUGAUCAGAGUAAUCAUCGCACAGGAAAUGCCCACCCAAGCAGUACAUUUGGGAAUGGAUACCUAAGGUAAUCAGUGCAUGAAUCUCUACUCUACACCAAUAAUUCACGUUCUUAGCCUUAAAGGGUAAGGGAAGCGUGGAAGUCAACUCUAGUGGAUUAUUUAGGAUAAAAAAAUAUACAUUGUACAAGACUGAAAACAUGUAAUUGGAGCCUCAUUCACAUUUGUUAACUGACUUUGUUCAUCCCCUUCUCUAAAGCUUGAGUUAAAUUAUAGGAGUAUAUAAUUUGCUACUGUUCUUGGAUGAGAGGUCAUGGGUCUUUUAAGGGGGGAUGGGUUAGCUUGCAGUGUGCAACCAUCAAGUUAUGGAUGCAUGUGGGUGGUUGUUAUGUGUGAAAAAGCGUGUGAGUUGCUUGAGUUUGAGUUGGUGUAGAAAAAAAAGGCGAAAUAAACUGACAUCAACAUGCAACCUGCUGGCAAAUGGGUCUACCGUAUCAGCCAAUUAGAAUGCAUGCUUUUGUAAAGCUAUGUUAGAAUUCCCUAGAGUGGGAGAAAAGAAAGUGUGCCUGAGGCAAUCAGUUCAUCUUUUGUUUAAAGCUCCUGGGAUCAGGAUUCCUUGUCUCCAACUUUCAGGGAUUUUGAAUGGGGGAAAUAUACAAAGUGUAAUAAACCUAAAUCAGCGUCCAGCUUUAUUGUGAAGUUCUUUUUUAGUACAGCCAUACAAUGGUUUAGUGCAAUUUAACCAAAGUCAGUUGUUGAAGUGUCAGCUUACAAGACUGCAAUCCAAGGGAAGACCUGUUAUGCGUUUAAUCCCUUAAAGUGACUAGCAUCUAACUUCUCUGUAGAGUAUCACAGCUGCACCAAACACUGAAGGUGUGAGAAUAAAGAAAAUGAUUAGCACCUUAAGAAGCUAUUGAUUGUUAGACAAAUUCUCCUUGCCAGUAUCAUGGGAAAUGUAUCACGAAAAGUAUGGAGACCAUGCAAACUGGUGUUAGGGACUGAAGGGUUGAAAUAAACUCAAGACUUUCUAAAUUUUUAUUUUACAGCAAGAAUGAACUCAUUCUCAAGUAUACUGAGGGAAAACCUCUUUUACGAGGACAACAGGUAUGAAUGUAAUGUGUGCACUUAUUUGCAUUAAACUUCACGUGGUCCUCUGUAACAUGUAAAGUAAUCUUUUUUUUCAAAGGUAAGUUGGAUCAAUAUCAGUAUCUGGGCAACUACCCACCUACCCCUCCCCUAACCCAACAUUACCCCUAACUUGUUAUCAAUUGACUGUUGUUGAGUUAGGGGAGGGGAGUUAGGGGAGGGGUAGUGUAUCAUGCCUAAAAUGUAUUAUGUAAUAGAUCGAAGUAGGUGAUAUAAUUGAAGUUCUCAUUCUGAUACAUUUUUUACUAAUGAUUACUUUUAGAGGGUUACAAGCAUUCUUCCAGGAACUUUACCACAGCUUGGUCCAGACAAACAUCACAGCCAGGUACUAUGAGUGCCCUUGAAGCGAUCUCGUUCCCAGGUCUUUUUCUUCUUCCAUCUCUGCGAGAACUAGAGCCGAAACUACGCUUGUUCCUCAUUUUGCUUCCUUGAGAUCACUGCCCUUCAGUUUGCGUCCGUCCUUUCCGUUUAUCAGCGCCAAAAACAAAAACAAAAAACCCGCAGCAACAGUAAAGACGUCAGAAGUUUAAAUCGUUCAAAACACUUCGGUCUGAUUAUUUAAACAAAGUUUAGCCGUCGUUCGACGAACCGAGUUCUAAACCGUCUUCAAUUAUCCUGAACCUUUUAUCUGAAUGUUUAUUAUUGUAAUCAGUGUCCAGAGGGGAAAACGCUAAUGUGGAAGGACAGUUUUUCAAUAAAAUCAACCUUCUUAGAGAAAAAAACGUGAGACCCACCGCUUGCAUAAAAUCGGGGUUUGGGUUAGAUCUCGUGUAAAUAACUGGCCCUUUUUGUCGAUAACGAUUAGGACUACAUUGUCUUGUAUGAAGAUAAAGAUAUGCUUAUGGUUUUAACUUUAAAAUAUUUGAGAUAAGCUAGCCAUUUCCCAUAACAUUGCUAUUUUUGCUUACUUAUUUUACAGGCAGAUGACACUGCUACUAAAGAAGGGAAGGUAAGUAUUAUGGACACGAAAGCUAUUCCGCUCUCAUAGGAAUCAAGAUAUGUACAAUUGAGAUGUGUAAAACGCCAAUUACAAAUGUUUUUUAGAGUAGAUAUGACUUUGAUGAAGGUGGCAAAAGGUUCAUAGGUGAGGCGUGAUUAACUCCGAAAUUGAUAUGUGACGCGUGAAUGAUACAGAAAGGAGUGCGCGAACAGCCUAAGAUUUUCCUGAAUAUUUUUACACUAGAAGAGAGAUUUGAAGUUUUUUUUAUAUAUAUACAUAUACGUGAUGCGUGAAUUUUUCUGAAGUUUGUGAGGCGGGAAACUUUUUGCUACCUUCAUAGAUAAAAGAACUGAAGGAAAAAUGGAAACAGACUUCAGGAAAUGUAAUUCAGUUACCAACAUCACUCUCUCUCUCUCUCUCUUGGCUCUUCCUUGUCCCUGAAUAAUCAUUGUCGUUCCUCUUUUGAGUUAACAAAGCUUUUCCCUUUUUAUUCUCCAUAUUAUCUAGUGGACACCCCUUUGGUUUAUGAAAAAAAAAUGUUAACCCCUUUUCCCUAAACAGUGACCAGCAUCUUAAUUCUCCUUACAAUAUCACCCCCGAAUAAAACAUUUAGGUCGCACAAAUAAAGGAAAUGAUUAUCAACGAAAGAAGUUUUUGAUCGGUAAACAAAUUCUCCUUGUCAGCACCUUAGGAAAUGCACAGAAAACAGUAUGGAGAAUGUGCAUACUGAUGUCAGGGUGUAAAUAGUUAAAAUUUUCACUUCUCCUUUCAAUCUGCAGAAGUUCUCUGACCAGCUGCCGCAAUUACUAAACCAGCAGAAUAUUCUCAAAAGUUCAUCAAGUAAACAGGUGAGUGAAGACCAAGAGAUGUAUCUUUGAAGGAGAAAUACUUUGAAUCGAGUCAAAUGUAAAUUUUGAAAUUGUAUUAGUCUUGGACUUUACCCAAGUCUAUUGAAAUUUCUGCCAGCCCGCGAUUUCGUCAGUAUCUUCGUUUCUUCAUUAUGCCAUGCGCAAGAGACAUCUUUUAGUAUGGUGCUAGUCAUGUGCGAGUUUUCUAGGUCUCUCCAACCGUUCGAGUGUACUUCCAGAGAUAUAUCAUGACGAGAAUUAGUGAUUCUCAUUCAUUGAUGACGCAUGAAAAACAAGGGUCUGUGGAAGAAAAUAAGAGAAAAAAUUCAGGAGGAUGUAGCCAGUUUGGUCAAUCUACUUGGGCGUCGUUUCAACCAUAUCAUUGUUUCUUAUUUUAUGGCAUAGACGAAGGAUUAAAUUUAAUUUGCAAUUUUUACUAUGUGGUUUUAUGAUUGUCCGAUUAGCGAAGAAACCGAUAAAUGCAAAACCGCUUUCCAGCAAACACGAACAGUACAAUUUAUUCGUAAUUUCUUCCAAUCCUGAAACACAUCCAGAUGGAAAAAAGGUGUCAAAAAUACUUUUUCUAUUCAAAACAAAAUAAUCAUUUUCUUUUUCACGUUUAUGCAGCGCAAAUGACGGAGAUAUAGACAGGAUAAAUUCAAUUUUUGCCGUUUUAAGUUCGCAUAGAUGUGGCAUUUUAUCUUCUUAAUUGGAGAUUCAUCGGUUGAAGACAAUGUGAUGUGGGACCGGUGAAACUUUUUGUAAACUUUCAACAGGCCUUUACAAUUAGUAUUCUGAUUGAAAGUCGCGCAACUUUAUAGUGGAUCGAUUUUGUGAAAUGAGCAUGUGUUAUGUGUUCAAUAAAGCGCGCUGAUAGAAUGGAUAAUGUAAUUUCUUUUGUACCAUGCAGUAUAGGUAUAUUUCUGUAGAAAUCCUUACAGCACAGAAAAACUUAGAACACCUGCUUGUCUGGGGAAUUGAAAUGUGAAAAUUAGUUAUGUAGAACAAGAAAAGUUAUUUAUUUCGCAAGCGAUAUUUAAGCCUGGAAAGGACGUUUAACUUGUCGACCUGAAUAUACUUUUAUCGAUGUUGCCUUCGGAGUGUUUCAUUUGCCAGUUAAGGUGUGUCUAGCUUGUAUAGCCAUUGUCAAUCAUGUUUCUAAGUUUACGAAAUUUUUAAUGACUUGUUAAUGGAACUACGUAGUUAAAUGCGAUGUUUUCAGCGCCCGGUAAUUACAAUCUCAUGCGGGGUGCAAAAAAGAAUUUUUUUUUGAACCUACGCGUCGGACAUAAACGAAGUUAAAUCGGCCGAACUUGAAAUGUCAUGUUUUUUUUUUGGACUGUGUUGAGUUACUUUUUUUUCGAAUGUCGAUCAGUCCUUAGCCACACUUCAAUGGGAUCCGAAUAUGAGCUCUUGAAUGGGUUUCAAUCGGAAAGGCGCCAUUGAAACAGGUGGAAAUUUCCUCGCCUGUUCCAUUUGCCCCUCGCAAAGUUGAAUAAUUUAUUACUUUAAACUACUCGGUAAUCUCAUCACCUUGGCAACAUGUUUUUUCGCCUAUAAGGAACAGAUGUAGACUGAGUUGUUUUCACUUAUCCGAGCAGUUUUGUUUCUUGUUCUGCUAAUCAUUUCAAACUCAAGCUGAGGCUCAGAUUGUACACAUUAACAAAAUUAUUCAUUCAUAUUCGCCGAAAAAGAGUACUCGUCGUGCGAUCUGAUUUCUAUCCGAUCUUCAUUCGAGAACCUUCUAACACGCGUGUCUCGCACAUCGACCACAAGAUAGACACACUUGAGUGUAGCUUAUCCAGCGAGGUUUGCUGCCAUCAACGCAGACGCGUUAUAGCUUCAUCAUGGUGAAACAAGGACAGAAACCUGGCCAAAAGACAGGCAUCUCAAUUCAGAAUACAAGUACGCUCACUCGAGGACACAUGAAAAUUCGAGUUUUUACGGGAUUGGCGGGAUCUCUGCAGUCUGUACAUCGAAAGAAGGUUGUAUGAAUUAAAAGUGUUUCAUCCUUAACGUAUGAUUUCCCCAGAACCCACCGCUUUAAUCUGUUCUCGUUUUUUUAGCAUUUUUUUAGGACAGGUUCGAGGUGGUUUCCGUCGAAUUGCGCUUAAUCUGCUGGUUUUUUAGGCCGCAAUAAUUUCAUAAAUUUGUUUGCCUGGUAUAUAAGAAGUGUUUGAUGAAUUUGAUGAAGUAAAUAAUUUAGCAAAUAUUUACUUAAAAGGAGAAAAUAGAUCGUGUGCCAAAUUUCGGCGCUCCAACCCAUUUCAAAGCUCUUUCAAAUUCUCAGUUUAAGCCAAACCAAAUUAUAAGUGAAGUAAGUAUUUCCUGGUUAGAAAUUUUCAGGUAUUGUAAAAGGUCUUUUUUAUUUUUUAACGCAAAAUGUAAGGCCAUUCGGUAAGAUGUCUGCUGAAGAUCAAACUAAAUCUUUUUUCCAUGAUUGUUAUUUUUUUUUCUUCUGCCCUGAUAGAGUAAUCAGUUUCUGCUAACAGAUUCAUUUCUCCAUAAAAUUUUCAAGGGUUUGGCGGUAAUCGAGUGUUCAUUGAACUAUCCCGGAAAAAAACCGAGAAUAUAAAACUCACAACGCGACGGGAAAUUAUCUAAAUAAUUUAUUCUUAAACUUUGAGGAAAUUGGCAUUUUCAUUCAGAGCCGUCGAUCAUGGUGAAUUCGACUGCGUUGUCAGUGUCGCCUGAAAUCUUCUAUAAUUUUUCCAAGAGUGGGACCAUAAAUUUUUAAAAGUUGAAAAGUGUCACGUUUUUGUUUAUGUACGAUUAUUCUAGAUUUAUGGUUAUCGCCAGUUUUUCUUCGACGUGGUAUUUUCUUCGCUUUUUUCGUUUAUGUCGGUUCCCUCUUUCUAGUGUGUUUCGAGAUUGAUUUUUUUCUUUUGUAUUUUCCAAUUUACAUGUAGAUCCUUUCUUUGCUUCCCGUUCUUUCUCGCAAAGAUAAUUCGCCCACUUUUUAAUUCCAAUCGUACUUUUCAACGUUUUCAAUCAAAACAGAUACCACGAUUUUCGAGAUAUUACUUUCUCGGCACAGGCAAUUGAUGAGAACAGCUGCUUCGAGACUAAGAUAACGCUGAUAUCUGACGCACGUAUUUUUAAGGAAAAUUGAAGUUUCUUGUUGUUGUUUUAAGAUAUGUGCUAUCUACAGCCACCAAUCUUUUUUUUUCUGGUUAGACACGCAAUUGCGGAAAUCAAACCAUGACUCGAUAUUUUUAGUUAUUUUAUUUUUCAUUCGGUCAAGGCUAGUUUAUUUCAGUCAUAUCUGUUGGACCUUCAGUCUUCAAGACAUAUGAAUUUGACUCACCCUGUGUAACCACUAGGCAAAUUUCGUUAGUUUAGAAAUCUGGCAAGAAUUCUGAACAUCACGAAGGCAAACGAAUUAAUUUUUAUUCUCUCGGUUAUUUUUAACCCGAGGCCCAAGAGGCCAGGUUAUUGAGAGGAUGCAACGAAUUACAAAUGUAGUUUCUUCUUCAUCUUUUUUAAAGGGAAAAAAAUUGUGAAUUAAAAAAAAAAGUUUAAGGAGAAAAAGGUACAGCUUAACAUAAUCUCCUAUUGUAGCUCGGCAACUGUCUCGGUAAAUAAAGGGAGAAAGACAAUACAUCUUUUGCUUUGCAAAGAAAAUAUUUUCUUUAGAUUUAUAUAGGUGACACACAGUUUGCUGGAAGAUUGCGAACUGAACGCAAAUAUUGGAACAAAAUUUUUGUUUGUGAAUCUUUGUCGAAAUUGAAAUCCACAUCUGAAAAGAGAUUCUUGAAAAAUGUGGAAUUAAUCUACAUUUUAAAAGCUUUUCUUCCUAUUUUUACUCAAACAUUUGUUUCUAAACGAGUUCUUAGUUUUGGCUAGAGUUGAUCUGAAGAAUAAAAGCACCUCAUCGAGUUUAUUCUGAACCAGAUGUUCUUAUUUCUCUGAGAAAUUUUCAUUGACAAUGAGUGCUAAAAGUACUUCCUGAGACAGUUAACUCUUAAAAAGGUUUUUCUGUUGUCGCUUUUGAAUCACGAGAUUACGUUGAAGACUAAUUAUGUUUCCGAUAUGUACUUUUCUUGUGGAAUUAUAGCACAAUACGCUGCUAUGACUACAAGAGGAGUAAAUUUUUAUUGAGACAAAUUACGCGUGGCUGCCAACAAACAUUUAUUAAUGGAACUGCCCUUUCCGUUUUAAAACAGGUUUAUUUUCGUCCCAUUUUAACUCCCUUAACAGCUGUUGAAAUGAAAAAAGGCUGCAAAGGCUCACACGAAAUUAUGUCCAUGACUAGGUCUUUGUUCAUAGCUAGGAAGAGAGAGGAGAGGUGGGUCAUAGUUGGGGAGAGAGAAGGAGGGGGGGGAGCUGGAGAGAGAGGGGGGGAAGGAGGUUCAAAGUUGGGGAGUGAUGGGAGGGGGGUUGGAGAGAGGGGGGGUUAAAGCUGGCGAGAGAGAGAGGGAAGGAGGGUCGAACUGGGGAGAGAGAAGGGAGGGGGGUUCAAAGCUGGAGAGGGAGAGAGAGAGAGGGAAGGAGUUUCAAAGAUAGGGAGAGAGGGAAGGAGGGGUCAUAGAUGGGAGAGAGGGGGAUCAUAGUAAGGGCGAGAGAGGGGAGGGGGGGUCAAAGCUGGAGAGAGAGAGGGAAGGAGUUUCAUAGCUGGGGAGAGGGGGAAGGGGGGAUCGUAGAUGGGAGAGAGAGGGGGGUCAUAGCAAGGGCGAGAGAGGGGAGGGGGGGUUGAAGCUGGGGAGAGACCGGGGAGGCAAGGUCAUAUUUGGGGAAAGAGAAGGGGGGUCAAAGCUGGGGAGAGAUAGAGGGGAGAGAGGGGAAUUCAAGAGCUAAGCACCUCUUUGUUAAGAAGUGAAAAAUCAUAUUAGGCAAUUUGUCUUCUCCUACCCCUUACGGCUUUAACGGGAAAUGCUGUCGAAUCCCUACUUUGUCGAACCAAGAUCCAGUGAUGUGUUUUUCGCCUUUUGUAAAGUUAUACCUGAUAUUGAUGGUUAUUGAAAAUCGCUAACGUAUGCCGUCCGUUGUGUUGACUAUCAUUGCAGGCGCAGAAUCUUAACUUAGGUGAAUUCAGCAAACAAGGAUCCAAGAGACACUCAACUCUCAUGUAGGGAAAUAGUGUUGUUUGUAUAUUAAUGCUAUUCGCUAAAUUAUUGUUUGAAAGCAUUCUAAUACACGUUGUCUUUUAGAUGGCUGUUUCUCAAUAAUCAGUCAAAGAACCAAGCAUUGUGGUCAAAAGCUACUGGGGGCGCAUUGACUAUCAUGCUCAAAAGCCUAUAUAUAUAGUGUUUGUAUUUAAACUGUUGUGGAAAUUACUCUCCCAAGAGCUAGGGUUUAAGGGUUUAAUUGACGAUGGUUUUUCGUGCUUUUUGCCUCUAGAACCAACAGCGAGAAUGAAUCUUUCACCCGCAUUCGCCGAGAUCCUAACGGGCACAAACUUCCCAUGUCACCAAGUGGUAAGAUUCUCUACGCUUUGUUUAUCUGUGAUCAAGCUUCUCUUUCUUUCGAGGGAGAGCAUAAGUUCAACUCAAUAUUCCCGCUACUCCUAACAAAUGAACGCCUCAUCGCAGGUUUUGUUUUAUUUAUGACAUAUUUCCCUUUCUCGAAAUGAAACCGAAACAUUUUUGACUCGUUUAUUGAUAAAAUAUGAGCUUAAUCACAGAUACGCCGAUUUUCAAACUCUAUUUCCAGUUGCCAUUAAGAACUACGGGGAUAAGAUGUCCACAUUUGAGCAAUCAGAAAUCCUGGAUUUCCCAGACGUUUGGUUUCUUGGUUUGGAGGCGAAGAAGAUAGAAGGUGUGCCGGGAGCUCCGCAAAAUAACGGUACGUCAUUCUGGUCGAAAGUCUAGUGCAUGAUUCAUGCCGUAUAAAAUCUUCAGAUUCGGGCGUUUUUGCCACCUGAAUUACUAGGUCUGUAUGUUCUUAAAUUUAUAUGAAAAAUCAUUUUACUAAGGGAGGGGGCUGCUAGCCAAGCACCUGCACAAAAUACUUGUUUAUAACGCGUAUCAUAGCAUACUGCACAAUGUAACCAAGCUGUCAUCCCCACAAGAGUUCUCCCCAAUUCAUCCGCCAUAUUUAACAAUCGGUCUGCCCUCUAUAACCCUUUCACUCCUAAGAUCUCAUUCUUAAUUCCCCUUACUGUCUGUUAUACAAUUCUUUUGAUGUUAGUUCAGAGAAUUUGGUAUUAGAUCAACUAAUAAUCUUCAAGUUGUAUUUUCAUCACUUGUCUGCUGAAUAUUGUAUUGAUAUAGCUGGGAGAAAUUCUGUUUUAGUCAGUGAUGGGUGUUAAAGGGUUACUAAGAUACAUGCUCUCCCUAGACUCCUAAGGGCGGGAAAACGGCACGAAUUUUGCAAAUCGAAUGCCCACAUUACUCGUCCCAGUGCUUCGCAUAUUCACGAUCAAACACGAGUUGAAAUGGCGUAGAUGAGGGAAAAUUUAAGGCGGACUUUGUCUGUGAAAAUUAUUUCUUCAGGGUACGAUGACGAGAAUGGCAGCUACCUUAAAGCCUUACACGAUCACCUUGUGUACAGAUAUGAAGUGCUGGAGGUCCUGGGUAAAGGUUCCUUUGGUCAGGUGGUAAAAGCCCUGGAUCAUAAGACGGGACAACAUGUUGCUGUUAAAAUAAUACGCAAUAAGAAGAGGUAUGACAGCGAAGAAUUAGUUUCGCGGUCAGAUUGUUGGUUUUCUUGUUUUCAUAUCAGUUCCUUCAAAUAAAAUGAGGUACCAAUGGGCUGUUUAGAAUACCAGGCGGUUAGGUUUAAAGGCGUUCACAGCCUCUUGCUCCCUGGAAGGUUCGGAUUCCACUGGGAAAAUUUGAAGUAUGUAGACUCUUGAAGGAGUAAAAUUAUCCUGCACUUUGAGGAAUUUUUCACUUUAGUUUGCUUUGUUGUUCCUCGAAGUCAACCAGUUUGAAAAAAUUAGAGUGCAGUGAAGUUUGUGUGAAUGGAUAGCCAGUGCAUUACAAACGGGUAGAUCUGACUGCUACCUGGCUGCUACCUGGCUGCUUUUUGAACCCCUCUCACUUCCUACCUUGUAUCUAGGGUCUUUUUUAUCCAGCACUCGCCCUUGUCAAGAAAACCCUCAUCCCUUAACUAAUUAAAAAUACUUCUGUGUUUUACAGAUUUCACCAACAAGCUCUAGUUGAGGUUAAAAUUUUAGAACACCUACGUAAAAAGGUCAGUAUAAUCACAGAUGUCAAUCUACGAGGUUGAAAACUAUAAUAAUUAUAUAAUUACGUAUUAGAAAUUUGAAGUGUUGCAUUAUUUACUUUGCUUCCCAUUUUUUCCGCAGGAUAAAGAAAACAGCUACAAUCUCAUACACAUGAUUGACUAUUUCUACUUUAGGUAAGUGCGCAUGCAACUCUUUCACACUCAGGGCCGAUUUCAUUCUUGAAUGAGGGGCGUUUUUCAGUCCUCGUCUCAUUUUUUUAGAUUUAAAAUUUCAAUUCUCUUCACUGUCGGCCAUACAUUUUCUUUUCUUUCUUUUCUUAUAUUUUGUCUUUUCUUUUAAGGGAGUUUUUACACAGGGAUAACCUCUUAACUUCCUUUUCUAGAAGUAUUUUCUUUUUAGUUUUAUUUGUAUAUAAUAGUUAUCAUCUGCUUCUGGAAUAAAUAAAGUAUGUAUGUAUGUAUGUAUGUAUGUAUACAUAUCUUAUAAUUUCAGCUCUGAGAAUGUGGUGGUUAAUGAAGCACUAUCCCCUUGUUGCAAUUUUUUUUCCAUCAACUUUCGGCUUGUGAAUGUAUGGAUAUUGUAAGGAGAAAUUCAUUUUUUGGUCACUCCUGAAAGUGAAAGGAUUAAAAUGUUGAAAUGGAGUAGUAAUACCCCGUAUUACUUCUGAGGAGAGUUGGGGUGGAGUCGGCUCAGCUCGGCUCGGCCCGGGUGAGGCUCGGGUGGGGUGAGGUACUUGCCUCGAAAGCUGUUUUCACCUUUUCUAAAAAAUGAGUGGUUUUUCUUUUCAGGAAUCAUUUGUGCAUUAGCUUUGAACUCAUGGGGUAAGUCUCAAGUUUCAUUAACCUUUGAUUUGUAUUCUCGUUCCGAUUCAAAAGCACGGCCUUUUUCUAAUGUCGAAAGAGCGCGGACCCUGUAACCAUUGACGUUCUCCGUUUAAGUUAAGUUCAGUCUCUUGUUAAGUAGAGUGACAGAGAGGUGUUUAUUUAACUUCUUGCUUGACUGACAGUUUUAUAAAUCAAUUUUGCAGCAUGAAUUUAUAUGAAUUGAUAAAGAAAAACAAUUUUCAAGGAUUUAGUCUCGCUCUGAUAAGAAGGUGAGUUGUAUUAAUCUUUGUGUUCAACAAAAUGAUUUUAUGAUUGAUGACAUGUUGUGUAUGAUUUUAUUAUUUCAUGUGAUCUUUACUGUUAUAUCUCGCUUUUUGCAUUUUAUGCUAUAUAUUUCAUGAAUUACAUUGCAUAUUUCUCCAAGUGUAUAACAAAUUUAUAUUUAGCAUCCACUGUUUCAUUUUUCUCUCUCAGCAUUUUUCAUUUUACAUUUUGCAGCUCACGUUGUUGUGAUAUUGGAGUAAUCUCCAAAGUGGUGCAUUAGUACUGAUGUGAUUUUUAGAUAAAACCUUUUUUUUUUCAUUUCAGGUUUGCUUAUUCCUUACUUCAAUGCCUAAGAGUUUUGGACAAGGAGAAGAUCAUUCACUGCGAUUUAAAACCGGUAAUGUAUUUAUUCAUUUUUUUUUUAUGUCGCGCAGUUAGAGUACUUCUAGGCUGAGAAAGCACACUCACUUUGAUGGUUUGUCUCUCUGUUCGUUUGACUGUUGUUCUUAAUGUUGUUUUUUCAAUUACUUCCACUGAUGUUUGUUUAAUAUUUCUAAUUUAUAGGAAAACAUUUUGCUACGACAAAGAGGGCAAAGCUCCAUUAAAGUAAUAGACUUUGGUUCGAGUUGUUAUGAGCAUCAAAGAGGUAAGAUAUAAAAGAAAAUGUUUAAAAUAUGUUGUAAGUAUGGGACAAAAAAAGUCUGAAUUUGCUAUAAGGAUUCAGACGUCAGUUGGUUCCCAUUUCACUAACUGAGCUGCAAAUUUCACAUGGGUUAGCAAUGUUGUAUACUAUUUUCAUGAGUGAGACGCGUCCUGUACAAAGCGUGUGAUGAAAGAGAGUAAGAAAAUUAGUAUUCAGACAAUCUAAUGUUCAACUUUGGUAUCAACAUCCGUCCAGUACACCUUACAAGUUAAGACGAUAAUUGUCACUUCCUUUCACUUGAAUUAACCAAUCAUGGCUGGCAAGUCUCCAUUGGUGGGCGGACGCAUUACACGGGCGGGAAAACUGUUAAAAAUCGAUUAGCUCUUAAAUGAUGAUUCUAUGAGAAGUAUAUGUUUAUAUAGGGAAAGGUGUUUUUUUGUCUUGUCACGAGCGUGGGACAAAGAAAAAAUUCUGAGUCCCCAUGAGGAAUCAAACCUCAGACCUUCGGAUUCCGCGCUCCGAUGCUCUAACGACUGAGCUAUAGAGACUUCACGGUGAGCGAGGUCUAUUACGAAGUUCAUAUGACACGCGUCCUGCAUACUGCUAAAAUCAGCAAUGUACAUGUUUAUAUAAUUUAUAUAUACACCCGUUUUCAAAAAUUUUUAUUGUUGAAUUUUUACAGUGUACACAUACAUACAAAGCCGUUUCUAUCGUUCACCCGAGGUCAUUUUGGGUAAGCUAAUUUUUUUUUGUUUGUUUCACAAGAAUGUCGUUAGUCUUGUCUCACUGAAUUCAAAUUAUCUUUUUAUUCAGUCACUUUGGCCGUCAUGGUUACUUUGGGUUUGGUUUCACGACGAUCAUCGAAAUGCUCACAGACGAGGAGUUUUUAUGAGUACUGACUGCAACAUUAAAAUAAAUAUGUGAAUCCACUUGAUAAAAGAAACGAGAGCACUGAAAUUCUCGGAGUAAAAACUUGGAGCAAAUGUUCCUUUGAAUACCAAACAGCUCGAUGGGGAGUCUAACGUAUUACUUACUCGGCAGCAUUGAUUCACCACCUCUUCUUCUUCUUUCAUUGCUUUUCUUUAGGUAUUCCUUACAACAUGGCGAUUGAUAUGUGGAGUUUUGGAUGUAUUCUUGCUGAACUCUACACUGGGUAUCCUCUUUUUCCCGGUGAAAAUGAAGUAGAACAGUUAGCGUGUAUAAUGGAGGUGAGGUUUCUAUUUUUUGUUUGUUUUUGUUUUGUUUUUUUUUUUGUUAGUAAUGGUCCAGAUUUGAGAAAACCUCGAACUCUUCUUUCCGUUGGUGUCAAUCCUUUGAGUUCAGCAUGUAGUUUCUCCUGACAAUUUCCAUACUCUAUCCAGCAAAAAAGGUUAUGAGAAUAGAUAAGCCAGUCAGUUAGAGAAUCUUACUUUGGUUGAACACCAGGUUCUCUCAACCAAGUUUCAACUAAAUGUAUGUAAGGUAAGUUUUCUAUUCUAAUCGUGUAUGGGACCGCGCAGAGGUAAGCUGGGGGGGUUAAGCAAGAAUAAAAAUAAAUUAAACAAAAAAUAAUUUAACAAAAAAAUUUUCCUUCACGCAUUCUUCUUUAGCCCCCCCACUCGAAAAUUUGCUGCGCGGUCCCUGAGCACAGUCUUGUCCUUCUUCAACAUCCCUUUUGGUCCAUGCCAAUUGUUAAAUAUGGAAUUUUUUUUUUUCCAUCUUUCAACAGAUUUUAGGCAAACCACCACCAAGCGUAUUGGAGCCAGCUUCAAGAAGACGGAUCUUCUUCGGUUAGUAUUCCUGUUCUUUAGUAUGUUGUAUAUUUAUGUGUUCUGUAUUAAUUCCCAGUCGACCUCGUUGUUCAGUAAUGAAUUUGUACAGUUACAACUUGGUGCUAGAGGGGGGUGAGGGAGGAGGGGAUGGGGGUGAUCUGCAAUGAACUGGUAUUCCACCAUAGAGGAUUUGUAACACUCCCAGUCACUUCAUGCAAUGGAAACUUCUCUGAAGGAUGAAGCGCCCAUGAUAAUUUCUGCACCUCUCUCAACGGUUUCCUUGUCCGCCAUUGGUAAGACUGACGAGUUCCUUGAUGUAAUUUCUUGCGAUGAUUUGCAACUCUCUGGUGCCGAUAAAAACCGUUAAGGCACAGCUACUGUUUUUUGUUGAGCUUGCGUUCAUUUUGAUGUUUAGAUUCCAAAGGAAACCCACGCAGCUUGACGAACUCCAAAGGAAAGAAACGACAAGUCAAUGGCAAAGAACUCAGUGCAGCACUGAAGACAAACGACGCCUUGUUUGUGGACUUUAUCAGAGGCUGCUUAGAGUGAGUACGAUUUUUUUUUCUCAUCAUAGUCGAAUUCAAAUUCUUUUUAUACUAUUAACAUUUUUCUGCACCAGAAAGGAAGUGUUUCCAUAAUGAUACGUUUUCAAAAUUCUCCAGUUUUCCGAUUGUUUUCGUAAAUCUUCGUUUUCACUAGCGUUUUCACUCUUCUACUCUAGAAAAGAAGCGUUUUCAAAAUACUCCUCCUUGGAAACCAUUUACAAAAGCAUUUGUUUUACUAGGCGAGAACGCAUCAAAAGCAUUAGUUUUCAAACUAAAUCGAAUUUUUUUUUUUCGGUCUAUAGGGUCCAAAAUUCUAAUGAUAUCUGGCGUCUUGAUCUCGUGUCUAUGAACGACCAUGCCUUCGUUAAAGGUUUGAAGUUCAUUUUUUUUUUCUUUCCAAUUCCCAGAUGGGACCCAGCAGCUCGUUUGACCCCUGACGAAGCUUUCCAGCAUGAAUGGAUACAAGAGGUAAGGACGCUCUAGAGAUCAAGUUUAACUUGCGACGAAUAUGUAUGGAGUUUGACCCUGUUUCAUAAAGCCUAUAUGGGGUCGUAGGCAAGAGGUUGCACCCAAGUGGUCGCGAAGGGAAUGGGAAGGAGCAAAGGCCCCUCUCUCGAUCAAACGGAGGAAAGCACCAGCGAGCGAAAUCCUUCAAGCUCCCGCCGGUUAUUCUAGCUCUCUCCUUACUCUGUCGUGGGUGGCUAUUUUUCCUUUGUUCGUUCUUUUCGUGUUUUGUGAUAUUUGAUUCCCUUACAGAUAUUGUUCGGAAAGAACGCGAGGAACGCGCGCGAAAGAACCAACUGCGAAGAACGCGCGCGAAAGAACCGACUGCGAGAAAGCGCUCGGGUCACCUCUUCGGUGCGCCGGUCUGCAUCAGUCGCGGCUAGUUUAACUGAGAGCUUACUACUCAGACAAGUUGGCGUUCACAGUGACCUUAUUUUUUUAUCAUUAUUGUUAUAUAUUUAAUAUUUAUUUUUUAUUUAUUCAUUUAUUUUCAUUAUUUACUUUUAUCUUUUCUUUUUCUUAUUUGAUCCUGUUCAAUAUAUUUUUAUUCCGGUUACAAUUUGCUCUUGCUCUAGGGACGUCAAAGACAUCGCGGGACAUCUCGCCUCACUUCCCGACAGAAGGCUACCACGGAUGCGCACAAUCCUUCAGAGACAAUUCCGAAAGGACCUACCACGAUUCCUGCAGAGGCCAGCAAAGGGCAUGCUGAAGGUGGCUUGAUGAAACGAAGUGCACGAACGCGAGAAAGAUUACAACCUAUCGGAGCCGACGCCUCGCAUACGGUUCACCAUGACAGUAACAACAAUAUCACUAAGCCGGCGGAGACUGGGACCGAGACAAAAGGAGCAGUGGCACCGCUGACGAAGAGAAUCACUACAGAGGUCGUGAAGGAGAAACCUGGAACAGCUAAUAAAGCGAAUGAUAUUGAAGAAGAUAGAACUGAAGAAAUCAGUGUAGUAGAAGGGGGACAAUUCUUACCUCCUAUCAAAUGAGAGAAUGGAUUUAAGUCUCUUCAGCGAGAGGGGAUAUGCCUUAGAUUUUAAUUGCGAUACCACAUUGGAUGUAUCGAAAUUGAAUUUGACCCGCGAGCUGCGAAUUCUUUAACUACAGACCUUUUUAAUCGGAACUGAUUUUAAGACUGACUUUUAAACUGAGGGUUAUUUUCUAUCUGUUAUUUUAAUUUUUUUUCUUUCAUACAUUAAUAUUUUAUACAGACAGAGCGCUAGUUAACUGGUACAUCGUUUUUGGUAUAGUGAAUGAGGUAAUAUUACAACAGUGUUUUCUAUUUUCGUACCAAGACUUUAAUUGGCUCUUGUAUAUAUGAAAAUAUCUCAUUUUAAAAGGAUCAUGAUCAAAGUUUCACCAAAAAAAAAAUCGUUCAUAAAUUGUACUUUGGGUUUUUACCCCCGCGGGAAACAUUUUCCCUCGUUUGACAUAAAAAUUGUAAGGAAAACUUCAAAGAUUUUGAAAGAAAAUGUCCAUAACAUGUACAGAAAUUUUGCAAGGAAAGAAGCGGUAUUCAUAUAUUUCUUUUCCAACUGAAUUAUCAGAAUCUUUCAACUAUUAAUGUGGAAAUAGUUUCGAAGACAGAAGACUUUUUUGCGUUAACCAGACAAUUCAGUAAGGACAGAAAUGUAUAGGUGUCUUUAGGAAAACGUUGUCGCCGUUUGGAGUUUAACAGAGUGAAAUUAUUUAUUUGUCUUUAAAUUGAAGGACAAAAAAAAGUUGUAUAUUUAAUUUUGAUAUACGAGUGCUUGGAUAUUUAAUUCACAAGAUGUGUUUUAAUAUAUUUGAUGAGUUGUGUUAAUAUAUUUUUAUAAAUUAUUUAUGAGAGAAAGAAAAUUGCAGUGAAUAUUUAAGUGUGGUAUCAAAACGGUGUGUCUUGAAUUACGUGGUUAUUUUCCUAGCUCGAAACCAUUAAUAUAUUUAGGAUGCAGAAGAAAAUCCUUGGGUUUGUUUUAAGGAGAAAAAUAUUGUAAAUUUCUUAAGCCCUAAAUGUAAUCAGAAAGUUAAUUCUUGUGAUGUUAAUACGUUAUGAAGCAAACUGAAGUACAUGUUAAAUUAAAUUUCAUCCACGACAUGCAUCGUUCAUAACUGUUCACUGUCAGGAGUAUUUGAAAACUGGCAGAUCUUUGUUCGCUUAAGGUUAUCUUCGAAUACGAUUAUGAUCCCCUGCCCUUUUUAAACUAAACAGAGAAUUUUCUAAUUGUAAAAAGAAAUCUUUAUCUGAGUGGAGGAUUCUCCGUGGAAAUAUCUUGUUUCGUGCAGGAUUCAAUAAACUGGCUGACCGCGA